AUGCCAACGCAAAGACACUACCCCAAUUACUGCCACUCACUGCUGAUGGCCAGGCACACCACCAGCCGACCACCCACCAGAACCCGGUGGCCACCCUGGCCAAAGAGCCAUCCAAAAAUCCGGACAACUCUUGGAGAAAUGGAACGCAAGUCUCUCCCUCAACUGCCACCAAAGGCCCAAAACCCGUCCACAGCACAGACCUACCAGAUGGCCCAGUCCUCCUCCCAGCCCCCCAGUCCAAAAUGGCAAACAGAGACCAGGGGAGUUCUGCCACCAUCGGGAGGCAGGCGACCUGAGCCGCCGGUGGACCCGGCCCCUGGUCGCUUCCCGAAGUCUGCCCGGAAGAAGCGGCGUGAGCCGCCGGUGGAUCCGGCCCCUCGUCGCCUUCCGGGAACGCCACCUCCGCUGUCAGCCCGGCGACUUGAGCCGCGGUGGACCCGGCCCCUGGUCGCUUCGCCAUUACUUCCUUCCCCGCAGCGGCCCCGAGGCGGCUCGCCGCCCUUCCCCCCCGGCGGCUCGCCCGCCCACUUCCAGCCGGCCCGAGCGGCUUCGCCACUUCCCCGCAGCGGCCCGGCGGCUUCGCCGCCUCACCGCCCGGCCCGAGGCGGCUGCCGCCGCACCCGCAGCGGCCGGCCCGGCGGCCCGCCGCCUUCACCGCAGCCGGCGGCCCGGGCGGCCCGCCGCACUUCACCCGCAGCCGGCCCGGCGCCGCCGCCUUUCACCCGCAGCCGGCCCAGGCGGCCGCGGACUUCCUCCGCAGCGGCCAGGCGUAACGGACUUCCUCCGCAGCGGCGGCGGCCCAGCGGACUUCCUCCGCAGCGGCCCAGCGGCCCAACGGACUUCCUCCGCAGCCGGCCCCGAGCCGGCCCCGAGGCGGCCCAACGGACUUCCUCCGCAGCCGCGGCCAGCGGCCCAGACUUCCUCCGCAGCCGGCCCGAGGCGGCCCAACGGACUUCCUCCGGCCCGGCGGCCCAACGGACUUCCUCCGCAGCCGGCCCCGAGGCGGCCCAACGGACUUCCUCCGCAGCCGGCCCCCAGUAA